AUGGAUUCAAUCACACCAACCGAGACGGAUUACUGGAGUGAUUAUGAGUACUACAGCGAUCCUCCUGGCACAAGUAAAGUUAUUGCCACCCCGUGCAUGCAGGAUGACAUCUAUGGCUUUGCAAAGAAGUACACCCAGGUUGUGUACAGCCUGGUGUUCGUCCUGGCUGUUGUGGGCAAUGUGCUGGUGCUGUGUGUGAUCAGACGUUUCAAGAACUCUCAAAGUGGUGGAGCCUGUGCCUUCUCCCUGACGGACACCUUCCUCCUUCACCUGGCCAUUUCUGACCUUGUGCUGGCCUUCACCCUGCCUCUGUUUGCAGUGCAGUUGGGUCACGAGUGGGUGUUCGGCACAGCCGCUUGCAAAAUCUCUGGCGCCCUCUUCUCCCUGAAUCGCUAUAGCGGCAUCUUCUUCCUGGCCUGCAUCAGCUUCGAUCGAUACCUGGCCAUCGUCCACGCUAUCAGCUCAGGCUGGAAACGCAACACCUGCCAUGCCCAGUUUGCGUGUGCGGCCAUCUGGGUGGUGUGCCUCGGUUUGAGCGGAGUGGACUUUGCUUUCAUACAGGUCGCGGAGGUUCACACCGGGAGAGACCAGAAGAUGAGCUUGUGCCAGGUGUGGUACACUCAGAAUCCCACUCAGUGGCAGGUGGGGAUGCAGUUCAUCAGCGUGAUUCAGGGUUUUGGUCUGCCCCUGCUGAUCAUGCUCUACUGCUACAUCCAUAUCUUCAAGUCUCUGUGCAACGCCUCUCGGCGCCAGAAGCGAAAGUCUCUCCGUCUUAUCAUCUCCCUGGUGUCGGUGUUUGUCAUCUGCUGGGCCCCGUACAACUGCUUCCAGCUGAUGGACAGCCUGCAGAAGCUGGGGGUGGUGACGGGAGGUUGCCACUUUGGCCGUGUGAUGGACAUUGGGAUUACGAUCACUGAAAGCAUGGGGCUGUCGCACUGCGCCCUCAACCCUCUGCUGUACGGCUUCGUUGGGGUGAAGUUCAGGAGGGAGCUGCUCAGAAUGUGUGAAGAGGUGCUGGGGAAGAGAGGCCUGAUGGGGAUGAAGAAGCUGAGGGAGAGGAAGCUCAGAAAAAUGACGGGAUCGUUCAGCUCUGCAGAAAGUGAAAACACCUCGUACUCCGUCAUGGUGUAA